AUGAAAUCUGCCCGGGCAAGCUCGGGUUUCCCCGUCUGGCUCUACCGAAGUUUGGGUAUGCGGGGUGUUCUGGUCACCGUUUUCGCCGGACUUCUUCUGACCGUGGCCGGGUGCAAUGGUGCUUCGAAUGAAGAGGCCCAGCCGAAGACGAAGUCGUUCGCCGGCGAAGAGCUGACACUGCUGGUGGUCGAUGAUCCCGCCGUGGCGAAGGUUUGCUCGGAGCUGGCAGCCGAAUGGAACGCCCGGACCGGGGCAUCGUAUCGCGUAAUCGAGGCUCCCAGCGAAGAAGCACUGGCGGCGAAGCAUUGGAAGGUGGCCGAUGCGGCGAUCUAUCCUUCUUAUUUAAUUGGUCCGGCGGCCAAGGCGGGUUAUUUGGAACCGCUGAAGCCCGAAUGGCUGGAAGACGAGCAGGUUGCGGCGCAGGACGUGUUCCCAUUGCUCCGCACGCAGGUCACGACCUGGGGUGAGGAAACCAUGGCCCUGGCCUGCGGUUCGCCCUCUUUCGUUUGCUAUUACCGCGCCGAUAUUCUGCGGAAGUUCGACCGGCGGCCGCCGACCACCUGGGCCGAGUAUGCAGAGCUGGCCGAGUUUAUGAAGGAUCGUUCUCGACUGGGCGAACUUGCCCCGGCGGAGAAUGUGCCUUGGAACGCGACGCUCGAGCCGCUGGCCGGCGAUUGGGCGGCGCUUACGUUGCUGGCCCGAGCGGCGACCUACGCCAAGCAUUCCGAUCAUUACUCCGCUCUAUUCAAAAUGAGCACGAUGGACCCGCUCAUCGCUGGUCCGCCUUUUGUGCGUGCGCUGGAGGAGCUGGUCGAGUUGUUUGGCACGGAAGCUGGCGAGGUGGAGCGAUUCGACUUGAACGAAGUUCGUCGACGCUUUUGGUCAGGACAAUCCGCAUUGGCGAUUGGUUGGCCGAGUGCUGCGGAAAGCGAUUUGUCGAAUGAUCCUCGCUACGCAUCGGCAGACGGAGAGCAACGACCAGUAGAGGCCAGCUUCUGCCGGCUUCCGGCUUCCCGCGAUGUGUUCAACCCAGGUCAGCAGGAAUGGGAAGAGCGCCCAGAAGGUGACACAGGGGCGAUUCCGUUGUUGGCGAUCGAGGGGCGUCUAGCUUCGAUCUGUUCAGGUAGCGAUCACGAAUCGGCCGCACUGGCACUAAUCGCGUCUCUGUCGGGGCGGGAAUGGGGAGCCACGGUGUUUGCGGAGAGUCCGGCGACAACGCUUUACCGCAACUCGCAAAGGAAAGAUAUGGCCGCCUGGGUCGAGCCGCCUGUUUCGGCGGCGGGCGCGACCGAGUACGGCGAACUGGUGGCUGAGAUGUAUUCAGGGGGUGAAGCGUUGACCGCCUUGCGAAUUCCCGGACGCGACCGCUAUCUUGCCGAAUUGAGCGCGGCCGUGGUCGAUGCCCUCGCGGGAAAGGAUUCGCCCGAGGUGCUACUCCGCCGCGUGGCUGCCGCCUGGAACGAGAUCACGAUCAAACUCGGCUCCGACCGCCAACGACAGGCCUACCAGCAAGAAAGUCAGAUUGUGUCCAAGCUCGACCGUAUUCGCGUCGCGGUGAUCGGCACCGGAUCGAUUUCCACCGAUGAGCAUAUCCCCGGCUGGCAAGCUAUUCCCGAUGCCGAAAUCGUGGCCCUGGCCGACGCCAGCGAACUGGCACUCGCCUCGGCAAAGAAGCUGGUUCCGGACGGCGUUCGCCUGGUGAACGACUACCGCGAUCUGCUUGAUGAUUCCGAUAUCGAUGUGUUCGACAUUUGCGCCCCGAGUGCCUUGCAUGCUGAGAUUUCCAUAGCCGCCAUGCAGGCGGGCAAGCACGUGUUGUGCGAAAAGCCGAUGGCGACGUGCCGUGAAGAUGCCGCGCGGGUACUGACCGCACGCAAUGAAACCGGGCGCCAUUACAUGACGGCCCUACACAUGCGGGUCGAUCCUUCGGUGGUAUCGCUACGCAAGGCCCUGGAAAGUGUUCCGUUGGGUGAGGUGUACUACGCCCGGGCGCAAUGGCUGCGGCGACGACGCUUGCCGGGGCGGAAGGGCUUCACCACGCGAGCCCUGUCGGGCGGUGGCCCCUCUUACGAUCUGGGUGUUCAUAUGUUCGAUCUGGCGUGGUGGAUGAUGGGUUGCCCACGACCGGUGCGAGUGAGCGGGACCAUGUCUGAUCGGCUGGUGCACCGCACCGACUUGGCAUCAGAAUGGGGCGAAUGGGAUCCGGCGACGAUUGACGUAGAGGACUUUGCCGCCGGGUGGAUUCGCUUCGAGAACUCGGCUGUGCUCGCCUUGGAGACGAGCUGGCUGAUGUUCGACAACGUGCCUGAACGAUGGCAAGUGCAACUGUACGGCGAUCAGGCCGGGGCGGUUUGGUGCCACGUAUCGAUGAGCCACGGCACAUUCAGCGCACGCUGA